UCAAUUCACUCGGAGUUUGUUUACAACCCGGUGACUGCCUGUCUGUGUGUAGUUGUGACGCACAUCGAGCUAACCCGGUGUUUAGACGUCUCAGGUCGGCUUUUCAAGAUGGGAUGUGACGGUGGUACCAUUCCCAAACGACACGAGUUGGUGAAAGGCCCGAAAAAAGUCGAGAAGGUCGAUAAAAAUGCAGAGUUGGCCGCCAAAUGGAAAUACUGUGCCUUGAGCCAGGAGAGACUCAGACGUCCCAUCGUUUCCUGUGACCUGGGAAGGCUCUUUAACAAAGAUGCCAUCAUUGAAUAUCUUCUGGAUAAAACUGCAGAGAGACCCAACACUGAGACUGUUACACACAUCCGUGGGAUAAAGGACAUAAAAGAGCUGAGCUUGACCGAUAACCCUGAGUGGGAGGGAGAAAGACGAAAUGCUAAAGGAGACCGUUAUGAGGACAUCAACUGUGGCUUGUUUAUUUGCCCUGUUGUUGGGUUGGAGAUGAAUGGCAAGCACAGGUUUUGUUACCUGCAAACAUGUGGCUGUGUCUUCUCAGAGCGGGCCCUGAAGGAGGUCAAGACAGAAAUCUGCCAUAAGUGUGGGGAUCCGUUCAAACAAGAGGAUAUCGUAUUUCUCAAUGGGUCCAAGGAGGAGGGGGAGAAGCUGAGGGAGAAGAUGGAAGCAAAGCGAGCCAGCGCCAAAACAAAGAAAUCAAAGAAGAGCAAAGAAGCUGAAACUGUGUCUACACCAGCAGUUCUCCAGCCAGACGAGGCUGGACCCUCCACAACCUCCAGCUCCGCUGAAGACACACAGUCCUCAACAGCGUCCGGCAGCAAGAGGUCCAUCCAGAAAAUGGAGGAGAGGUCUGAAGUCUUCAAGUCCCUGUUCACGACCCACAGCUCCGCCAAGCGCACUAAAGCUCAGACAUCGAACUGGGUUACCCACACCCCGUAUCACUUCUAGUAACUCUCACCCAGUAAAGCAGAGACCACCAUUUUUAGAUUGUUCCAGAAAUGGUGACCCAUUUACGAUAGAUUACUGAUGAAUCUGGUUCAGCAAACCAAGCUCACACACACACACACACACACACUCUCACCCUCACCCUCAAUCAAACUGUCCUUACAAUGAGAGUUUGGAACCAAUUUGGCGCUCAAAAAAAAUCCAAAGAGGAGUAUAUGCAAACAUGUACACAGACACAAACAUACAGUCACACCCACAUUACUCUCAUGACCUUUUAAUAAUGCCAUCAAUGUGUGGACCUAUUCCCUUCUUGUCUCUCCGAUCCCCAGCAGCUCAGUGUUUACAUGUUGUGAACAUUUUGUUAAUGGCUCCCCAAGCUGUCCAGACUCUUUGUUUUGUCUCCUAAUGCCUCCCCCACGUAUUCCCCUCCAUCAUUGUGUCCUAAGGCACCGGUGCUUUGAGAAUUGAUGCCAGGGUGACUCCUUCAUCACUGUCACUCUGCCGUCUCCUAGUGGACAGGCUAUAUAUAGGCUUGAUGUCACACAUCUCUAUAGCAGCUCGUAAUGGGUGUUCUUAUUGUUUUUAUUAAUUUCUUCAGACAAUUGGACUUUUUAAUGGAGAUUAAAAAAUGUUCUGUUCUUCUUGUUUCAGUUGGACAGUCAGACCUUUUUUCUUUUCUUAUUUUGGAUCUUCUGAGCGAAUGUCAAAAUAAAUUUUCUAUUCAA